UGUCACUUGAAUUUCAAAAUUCAAAUAUCAAACGUUACAAGUUACAAGCAUUGAAAUUGAAGCACAUUAUUCUAUAUCUAUACUGUUUUACAAGCUACAAAACAGUUUUUCCAAUUUCAAUACCCGUUCAGCUAUGGACGAAAUAAUAAGUUUCGACAAAAGCCUGUCACAAAGAUUACAAGAAUUUACCGACGCCCUUUCGGCCUAUAAUACCGUGCCAGCCUCUGAAUUGGGAAAACAAUGGGGUUUUUUCAUAGAGGUGACUGUAGACAAAAUAGGUUGGCAAGCAAUCUGGAAAAUACCUCGCGUAGCUUGCGAAUCUCUGCACAUACAUUUUCCUUCUGUCGUGUUAGUUUUUGUAUUAGAUGUAGAUGUGAAAGAACACAAGGCUCUGAUAAGAGUCUUGGCCGUCCAAGAUGAUAUUUGCAUUCCAGAGAAGCACUGGGUGCCCCUGAUUCAGCUCUGGCCUACACGGGGUCAGGAUAAAACAAUCGCUCUCAGUCUGAUGCAAACUGCUGAAGCGUUAGAUAUGUUGCGGUUUUUCUAUUUGUACCUGUACAUGCCUUGGGAUAGAGAUGAGGAUGACUCACUAGACUGGAAAGACAAGCAUCUGGAGAGUCGGUUGAAGUUCCAUUACGAUUUAAAGAAUGGCACUAUACCUAGAUCGGUAGCAGAGCACAUUCACGGAUUGUUGACCGAUGCGAGGAGAUUGCAAACUAAGAGGGAAAUACUAGAGACUCGACUUGCAAAUGAAGAUCGCAUCGGGGAGUUUGAAAAAGAUAUUACAGAUAACAAAAUUACUAGGUCUCUGACGGAAAUCCAUAUUCGAUUGCUUGAAAUCCAGAGUCAAAUUGAAAUCUUAGAAAACCCUAUUCUACGUGAAGUAUACAUAAGGAGACAGUCAGAAGUAGAUCCGGUUGACACAAAAGGCAAACCCCAAGUAUGGCUAGUUUUCAAUGAGGGCACAGCACAAGAACAUAUCUCGUUUUUGCAACAGGUUGCAAAUUGUUAUCCGACUGAAUCCCUAAAAUUUUCCACUAGCUUAGCGAAAAUGCUUGAAACAACCAACUCGGGAGAUGUUUAUUUGCUGAAUGAAAGUGUCCACAAUAUCCGUACGACUGGAGCCUUGGAAAAAGGUGGAGUACUUCAUGGCAUCGGCUCGAAUAAAAAAAUUAUCCUCACUUCAACCAUCGAAGACGUAAUGCUUGACUUUAAAGAAGACACUGUCGUUUUGGAAAAUUUGACUAUAGAUACUAGAGCUGCCCAAUGUGGGAUACUAGUUCGAAAAGGCAGGUGUGUUUUGAAGAACUGUCGAAUCCUGGGUGACGGUAAAUCUUCAACAUACCAGGGUAUCAUUGUGUUAUCUGGCGCCCAGUUGGAGUUGCAGAGUUGCGAAAUAUCUGGAUAUUCCACAGGCAUUGUUGGGAAUAGUGGUUCGAGAAUAGAUCUGAGGAAUUGCGAUGUGCAUCAUAUGGAUUAUGGGAUGAAGGUUUUUGAUGAUUGCAUCAUUGAGUUGGAAAACACAAUUAUCAGAGAAUGUAUGGAGACUGGCUUCACCUUAGAGACGGUGAAGUCUGAGGUUAGCGUUGGGGAUUUUGACACAUUGAAGUUAAUUUCUGGUGUAAAAUAUGCUGACGUCACUGGUACCAACAAUGCAAAAGGAGAUGUUAUGAUUCUAAAAAAACAACAGUUGAAACCUGUUGAAGACUUGUUCGCCAAUCCGGAUCUGGAUCCAACUAUUAUUGAAUCAGAUAGUGAUGAAGAUACACUGUUGGAAAAUUGAUAUUAUUAUAUUUUAUAUUGUUAUACUCAUGUUAGCUUUAAUUUUUGGGGCAAUAAAAAUAUUUUUUUAACA